ACACAGAGGGCGUGUGCUGAAACAUGCCCCACCUUCUACAACUGAACUGAAAAGAUCUAACCGGACUAUAAUAGCACUUAAUUUGUCUGACACCAAACUUCUACCGGAGUUCCUGGAGGCAGGUUUUAAAAAGGUCGUGUAGAAAUUGGAGGACAGAAAAGAUCCCGACAGGAAGACCGCUUCAGUGCGCAGUUAUAGUGUGGCUGUUGCCAUAACAACCCCACCUUUGGAGAUGGCGGGGGACCCCGGCACACUGUCCUGGAGGCUGGGACGGCCUGGCAGUAAGGAGCAGCGGAGAGGAGACCCUGAGGCCGUUCCCGCCCCUGCCACUGGCCCCGCUCCUAUUCCUGCUCAUGGAGACGCUUCCAACAUCAGGAUUCUCAAGGUCUGCCUCAUCAGCAGCUCGAACGUGGGCAAAAACUUCAAACUGGUCAAGUGCGACAGCACCUGGGACAUCAAGGGCGUCAUUCACUCCAUCCUGAUCAGUGGGCGCCUGGGUCCCAGUAUCACCCACGAGAGCAGCUAUGGUCUGCUGCUGAGGCACCUGAAGUCGGACGAGCUCCACUGGCUGCAUCCAGACCAGACCAUCGGGGAGCUGGAGCAGAAGUUUGAGCAGCAGCACCUGGAGGCGGAGUGGAGAUAUGAUUUGAGGAUCCGUUACAUUCCAAGUCAUUUCAUGGAAAAAUUUCGAGAAGACAGAACAACACUACUGUACUUCUAUCAGCAGGUUCGCAAUGACUACAUGCAAAACUGUGCCAGCAAAGUGAGUGAGGGAAUGGCUUUUCAGCUCGGCUGUCUGGAAAUCAGACGAUUCUAUAAAGAUAUGAAUACCACUGGUCUGGAAAAGAAGUCAAAUUUUGAUUUGUUAGAGAAGGAGGUGGGUCUAGACUUAUUUUUUCCUCGAGAGAUCAUUAACUCAAUGAAGCCCAAGCACAUGAGGAAGAUGAUCCAGCAGACGUUCCAGCAGUAUGGGACACUGAAGGAGGAUGAGUGUAUCAUGAAGUUUUUUGAGAUCUUCAGCAGCUUCUCUAACUUCGAGGAGGAGGUCUUCCCCUGUGAGCUCGUGCAAGGUUGGAGUCUUGCGGUAGACUUGGUUAUCGGAGCUAAAGGAAUUCGCCAACGCACCCAGAAAAACUCUCUGCCCAUUUGCUUGGCUGAGUUCCCCCAAAUAAGAAGUGUCAAAUGUUCCUCACAAUCUGAUGGAAAGACACUCCUAAACGUGGAGAUUGAUGGAGCCAAACAGCCUUUGUCUAUUAAUACCUCUACGCUGGCAAUGGCAGAAAACAUGGCGGACCUGAUAGACGGUUACUGUCGAGUUGAAUGUGGCAAGAAAUCUUCUGUCAUUGUCAGACAAAACAAAGAGAAGAAUGUAAGAAAUGAACUACCUGCGAUUCCAGCUGGCAAUGAAAGCAAUGCUGGCCCUGAAUUGAAUAACUUCAGAGAAAACAUGGGGUCUGACAUUUAUGAUGAGAUCCCUGAUGAGAAACCAAAAGCCAUGAAGUACUCUAUCUCCAGAGAUGAUGUCAUCAUUAACCGAAUUCUGGGAGAGGGCUUCUUUGGGGAGGUUCAUGAAGGAGUUUACAAAACCCAGGGAGGAGAGAGGAUCAGCGUUGCAGUGAAGACCUGCAAGGAAUGCUCUCCAGACGUCAAGGAGAAGUUCAUGAGUGAAGCUGCGAUGAUGAAAAAACUGGAGCACCCUCACAUUGUGAAAUUGAUCGGGAUCAUUGAGGAGGACCCUGUGUGGAUCGUCAUGGAGCUGUAUCAGUAUGGAGAGCUUGGAAAUUACCUUGUGCAAAAUCAGCACAAUUUGAUCAAUGCGACCCUAGUGCUGUACAGCUUGCAGAUCUGCAAAGCUCUUGCUUAUUUGGAAGGUAUACAUAUGGUACACAGAGACAUUGCUGUGAGGAAUGUGCUGGUAGCCUCUCCUGAGUGUGUAAAACUUGGAGAUUUUGGCCUAUCCAGGUACAUUGAGGAAGAGUAUUACAAAGCCUCGUUGUCCCGGCUGCCAAUCAAAUGGAUGGCUCCUGAAUCCAUCAACUUCAGGCGGUUCACCUCAGCCAGCGAUGUCUGGAUGUUUGCGGUGUGCAUGUGGGAGAUCAUGAGUCGCGGCCAGCAGCCCUUCUUCUGGUUGGAGAACAAGGCCGUGAUCAAUCAGCUGGAGUUGGGUGUGCGGCUGCCCAAGCCUGAGGAGUGUCCCCCGACCCUCUACACCCUCAUGACCCGCUGCUGGGCCUACGACCCCCUGGACAGGCCCAAGUUUCUGGAGCUGGUUUGCAUCCUCAGUGAUGCUCAUAAGAUGGAGAAGGAGGAGGAGGCGGCGAGGCAGAGGGAGAGAGCUCGUGCUGCAAAGCUGGCUGACGCCAAGGUGGCUGUCAGCGAGCCUCCUCCCAAGCCGUCAAGAAUGAAGCCCGCUAACCUUGUUAAUCAACUGAAUAAAGGUUUAAGUGUUCAGCUGCCCGAGUCUCUGUGCGCCAGUUCGCCGGCUCUCGCCACCGACAGCAGCAGCCAGUCAACAGUCAGCAUCAACACCUUAGCGGUACCAGUGGUGUCCCCGCGUCGCCACAGUGUCGGUGUCGGGGAGGGGGAGUUCAGCUUCGAGGCGCACAGCAGGGAGGACACUCAGCGAAUGUGGGAGCUGGAAAAGCUACGCAUUCUGAAGACCCUGAAGACGCAGAGGGAUGAGAUGCUGGAGGACAACAAGUGGCUGGAGAAGGAACAGAAGCAAAUGGACCCCACGGUGCAAAACAAAACGACAGAACCUGAGAUGCCCGACAAGGAGCCAGGAUAUGGCGAAUUGAAAGUGAUUCCAGAAAAACCCCCAAGACUGACAGCUCAGCCGGCACCCACUGCGGAACUUGACCGCACGAACGAUCAGGUGUACCACUUUGUCAUGGAGAUGGUGAAGGUGGUGGUGCAGCUGAAAAACGACGUCAACACCCUGCCCCCCUCCGAGUACGUCAGCACUGUCAAGACAGUGGGACUGACGCUGCGCAGUCUGAUAAACAGUGUGGACGACGUCCUGCCCAAGCUUCACGACUCCGUCAGAACCGAGAUUGAAGGCACCCAGAAGCUUCUGAACAAAGACAUGGCAGACCUGAUCACGAAGAUGCGCCUUGCCCAGCAGAACGCAAUCACCUCCCUGAAGGAGGAGUGCAAGAAGCAGAUGCUGUCUGCUGCCCACACGUUGGCCAUGGACUCUAAAAACUUGCUAGAUGCUGUGGACCAGGCGCGUGUGCGCGCCAACGUGGCCAAGCCGGUCACCUCCUAGUGCCUCUCUCUGCAUGGAGUGAAACACCCAGCGCUCACGUGCUGAUUGAUUUUCGGCCAGUUUAUCUCCAAGAAACUGACAUUUUUGAUACAUACAAAGUGUGUUCAAUACUCGAAUCUGUAGCGGUACUGACAUCUGAGUUUGACUGUUCACGGUGUGCACUUUUAGGAGGCGUUUAAAGAAUUAGAUCACAAAGAAACUGAUGUUUGUGUCCCGAUAAACUGAUAAUGUUAUUCUCAUAUUCAACUGCAAUACCAGGUGGCACUGCAGGCAGCUCUGCGCCUUACAGUUCCUGGGUUCUUCCAGCCUAGAUUUCAAUCCAGCUCAGUCCGUGUAGAGUUUACAUGGUCUCCCUGUAUUUGUGGGUUUCGCCAGGUGCUCUGGUUUCCUCCCACAGUCCAAAUAUGUGUUUCAGGUGAGUUGGUGACUCUAAAUUGCCAGUAGUAUGACAGUUUGUGAUUGUGGCUGCUCUGUAAUGGGCUGGUGUUCUGUCCAGGAUGUGCACGCUAACUAGCCUUGUGUCCAGGUCCUCCAGAAUAGGCUCUGGGCCUCUGUGAACCUUAUUUGGGCAAGUAGUUAACACAACUGAGUGAACUUUAAUGCCACAACUGCUGAAACCUCUUUGUUAUUGUAUAUAUGCAAAGAUAUUUAUCACUGUGUCAGACAACUUAUGCUCUGAAGGAGUCCUCCACGAUAACGACUUGCCCCGUAGGGUCAUAGCAAGAGGCUCCUUUGCCACACACCGAGGUGCUGAGCUUGACGAUCGAAUGAAACCUCUUGCUGCACGACUGGUCUGGCUGCGCUGAUUACUGUCAGUAUAAUUUAAAUACGUGCUUUUGUCUCCGUGUUGUACUUUGUAUUUGGAAAGUUUGGUGUUUUGAAUUUCUUUUCCAUUAUUUGAUGACUAAGGGGGGGCGCGGUGGCGCAGUGGGU